CACGGGACCGUUUCGCUCCCCCUUCCAACGCGCUCCCCCGUUUAUUCCUUCUCGCCGCCCGAAUUCGGCGAACGGAAACCUAGAAUUGGGAGCAAUGGUGGAUUUGAGGCUCACAAGGGGCUUCAUAUUCUUCGAAUUGGAACCCUAGCUACCUCCCCUUGGAUCCAAUAGGUAAAGUUUUGCUGGGUUUGGUAUUCUUUGCAUCCUCUCGGUGUCACAGGAAAUCGGUGGUGGGAUUUAUGGAAUGGAUCUGUGAGUAUCUUCUGUGGGAUGCGUUCAUUGACUGCGGAGGAAUUCGAAACCCACCAAUCAGAUAGCGGAAGGAGACGGAGGAGGAGGUGAUCGUAGAGGUCACGAAUCCGAAACAAAGAAAAAUAAAGGAUGGGAGAAGAUUUCCUCACGACCUUAUCCAUUGAGAAUCAUCACCCCUCCACCCUCCUUUCCAUGGAUCCAUCGGCUGGCCUGGUGUUGUCUUCGUCCCACGAGGACCUGGACCGUGAGCUCUUGAUCCAGCGCCAUCAGGUUGUCAUCUCUGUGGCGCCAGACAUCAACCUACCCCUCUCUGCAGAUCGCUAUUCUUCCCAGCAAUCAUGGAAUUCAGAUUCUUGUGACACAUUGGAUGUUGGUCUUGGCCCACAGACCUAUGAUGCGGAGACAACCCUCCACAUCCCAAGGGUCACCGCCGCCCGCAAGUGCUCCAAGCGAAGCGACAGCAUUUGGGGUGCAUGGUUCUUCUUCAGUUACUAUUUCAAGCCUGUGCUCUCAGAGAAGUCGAAGGGAAAGGUCAUCUGGGAUGCGAAUGGGGUAAAUGGCUUCGACAAGUCUGAUGUCCGGCACGAUGUGUUCUUGGUGCAGCAUGACCUGGAGAACUUGUACAUGUGGGUUUUCAAAGAGAGGCCAGAAAAUGCGCUUGGGAAGAUGCAACUGCGGAGCUAUAUGAAUGGCCAUUCCCGUCUCGGUGAGCCUCAGUUCCCAUUCAGUGUCGAGAAGGGUUUCAUUCGAUCCCACAGGAUGCAGCGCAAGCAGUACCGGGGACUGUCGAACCCGCAAUGUGUCCAUGGAAUUGAGGUUGUCAAGUCACCCAAUUUGAUGAUAAUUCGUGAGGUGGAUCGCAAGAAGUGGAUGGAGCUCACAGGCAGGGAUCUUAAUUUUUCGAUCCCACAUGAGGCCAGUGAUUUUGAGUCAUGGAGGAAUCUACCAAGCACCGAAUUUGAGCUUGAGAGGCCUCCUUCGAUGAAGAGCACUUCACAUCCCCAUCCGAAAAAGUUACCUAAUGGCUCAAGUUUGAAUUUGUCCUCCCAAUCAAGUCAUUCCAAUGGCGAGGUGAUGGACCUCUCUCCUGUCUGCAGUAAGCGCCGGAAGGACCUCUUUCCCCAUGCCAUGGAUGAGGAUUUCUGCUUUCCUACAAACUCACAUGCUGAGAAAGGUCAAGAUGUGGAGAUGCACCAAGUUGAACCCUCAUGGCUGAACGAAUUUACUGGUGUGAUGAGGCAUGCAUAUGGACCUGUGACUGCUGCAAAGACGAUAUACGAAGACGAUGAUGGCUACUUGAUAAUGGUUAGCUUGCCAUUCGCCGACCAACAGAGGGUGAAAGUUUCUUGGAGGAACAGUGUCAUGCAUGGUAUACUGAAGAUAAUUUGUGCCAGUACUGCCCGGAUGCCCUACGUAAAGCGGCAUGACAGGACCUUCAGACUCACUGACCCUUCUCCCGAGCAUUGCCCUCCAGGGGAAUUCGUAAGGGAAAUAACACUACCAACACGCAUUCCUGAAGAUGCCAAGCUGGAAGCAUACUACGAUGAGACUGGUGCUUUGCUUGAGAUUAUGGUUCCAAAACACCGAAUUGGACCAGAAGAACAUGAAGUACGUGUGUGCAUGCGUUCCCCUCACUUUGGGACUAAUGAUCUUCUGUUGGCCUGAAUAAGUGGUGAUACUAUUGUGUGAAUCCUGCAUCAGGAAAAGGGGAUUAGUCAUAUUGAAGUGCAUCUUUGGUGUUCUCAAAAUGAGUUUGCACAUUAGUUAGUUCGCCGCAUUGAUUUGCUUAUUCUUGCUUCUUGAAUUGUUGGAUGAGAAGUCUUCGUGGAGCUGCUGUAGGAAGAUUAAAGGUGGAUAAAUUGGACUUCUCGUUCUCUAGUUGGUGUUCCAGCGGGUCAAACCAGUUGUUAAUUUAGAACAAGAAUAUGUAUGUAAACGUUUGCUUUCUAAGCUUUUAUGUAUUUUCACCCUAAUCAUAAUGACUACUGUAUGUCACUUUUGUUCUUUUA